AUGGAGUACUUUAACGAAAUGCAGACUAUACUAAAUGAUACUUAUGAACUAAUUGAGCAAUCUGAAGAGGAUAUUGAUUUUCCUAUUUGUUUAAGUAAUGAAAAUAAUAAUCAAUUUGUUAAAACCAACUGCAAUCAUAGUUUUCAUAAAGAAUGUAUUGAUACAUGGUUCGUGGGAAAAAAAAAUUUUCCAUUGUGUAGAACUAUUAUUAAAAAUAAACAAGCAACAUUAGCUAACAUAUUGGCUGCUCUUUCACCAAUAACUAUAAUCCGAUCAGUUGAACUGUGGUUGAAUCCUACAUCAUGGUUAUAUAUAAAUUUUAAUUCAUAUUGUGAAUAUAAACUACAAACAAAUGAAAUAAAUGAAAAAGUCGAAGAAUUUGGACAACAAUCACGAAACUAUACUAAUAUGAUGGAAAAAGGUUUUAGUAAGAAAUGUCAACAAAUUAAAAGAAGGCGCAUUUGUAUUGCUAGGAAGUCUUUAGUCUGGAACAACCAGACCAGGACAAUUUGUUUCGGGCUAUACUCGCGACAUUAUCAUCACCACGACGGGACGUCGAAGCAACCAGCCAUCGCUUCCAGUACGCCAGAUCGUGUCCUUGCAGCUAAGAAGACAGCUUGUGGUGUGAAUUGUAGUGACUUUACAUGA